AUGAGCACAUUUAUUUCGACAAAAUAAGAAUCCUUUAUUGAAAGACAAAUAAUCAACUAACAACCAGAGACAAUUAAAUAAUAUACAUCGUACACUACUGAGCCUACAUUGUUAAGGGAAGAUUAUGCAGUUAAGAAAAUUGAGAGACCAGAGGCAUAUCAAUUUUGGCAUAAAAAAGAAAAAUAUAAUUCUUAUGCCAGCAGAGUUUUAAAUACAAAUUACAGAUCAUGUUCUGUUAUAAAUCCUGGACAGAGUUUUCAAAUUAAUAAUGUUGGAAGCGGAAUAAGCUAAUCAUAAGUUGAUAAUAAUAAUGAAUUUUAAUGCUGUACAAAACAAUAGAUGGUUGUUUCUGUUGUUAUAGUAUCAAGAGAAGAAAUUGAGUAGCCAUGGAGAGAAGAAUGCCUUUAUCUACAAUCAGUAAUUAAAGAGUUGGAAAAAAAGAAGGAAAUUAAAAUAGUAAAGGAAAUAGAUUAUGCAAGAAUAAAAGAACUUGAAGAAGAGAAUCGUCAUUUGUAAUUCGAAUUAUAGGAAGCUUAAGAGAGUACUCUCAUAACAGAAAGAGUAACUUAGAACAACAGUGAAGUUGAAGUGUGGAAGAGAAAGUUCUAAGAAGUGAAUCAUGAUUAUAAUGAAGCUUAAGAGAAGUUAAUGAAUGUCGAAAUUGAAUUGGAAGCCUUAAAGAAAGAAAAAGCAAGAGCAGCCACUGCAACUACAACAGUUACAAGAUCAACAGUAAGAACAGGCACUUCCAAUAUUAGAUAGGCAGGUUAAAUUUGAUAUCGAUCAUAUAUUAAAGUGGAUAUAUUUUAAAUAUUUUAUUAU